GUUUUCGUUUUCCAAAAAUGGUGGGAAAGGAAAAGAAGGAAUCUACGAGGCUAAAAUUAAGCGCAAUAAAAGAGUAUCUUGGAAAAUAUAGAGGUGUAGACGCAGACAAUAAUGAAGGAUACGAUGGUCAUCAGAAAUGGCAUGAAAAUGAUCAAGUUGUUCUGCAAGCCAUGGCCUACUUCUAUAAGGCUGUGAAAAGCAAAUUAUACUCUGAAGUACGAUCUUUUUUGGGCAUUUUGCUUCCACAUGGCCCGGACGAUGGUCGCCUUUCUUCUCUUCAAAGUCUUCUAAUGGAUACAUCUUCUGAAGAAUCUCUUAAAGAAGCUCUUCUAUUAUCGAUUGCCGUCGGAAGUCGUCCACUAGUCGAGUUUGUUCUCGUACUUUUCGUCGAUGCACCAUACCUUGAAAGAAGUGGAUCUGCUAAUUCUCCACAUUUUCCACCACAUAUGACUCCACUGAUGCUGGCAUGCAUUUUGAAUAAUUUUUCGAUUGUUCAGUGUCUUAUAACUAGAGGACAUUGUAUUCAGAUACCACAUUUCAUUACUUGUGAAUGCAAAACCUGCAAACGGGAAACCGUAACAACCCACUCAUCAACUCGCCUCGUCGACGUCAUGCGUGCACUGUCCUCUGAAGCCUACCUGUGGCUGGCAACUGAUGACGUGUUCGCUGCCACGUGUGCUGUCGCCCGAGACCUUCAACAAUUGGCGAGCGAUGAUCAGCUGGAAUACGUGGAAACCUAUCGAGACCUCGAGAUGAAUGUGCAACGGUUUUUGUGCAGAAUUUCAGAUCAAGCAUGGAGAGUCGACGAGUUCAAUAUGAUGGUUGCUAAUAGAAACUACUGCCCGGAAAGAAUGACUGAAAUCUCAUCACCGCGUCUUCAAAUGGCUAUGGAUUCUCAAAUGAGACAAUUCACGUGCUCCACCAAUUCACAGACAACUAUUAAGUCUGUCUUCAGAUCAGACUGGUACAACUAUGGAAUCAAGCCAAAACGAGAUGCUUGGCGUUUUCUGCGAGCCUGUAUCCUGAUGCCAUUCCUUGUGAUGCUUCAUGCAUUUAUGCCAACAAAGGGUACAACAAUGUGCGUUCCACUUGCUCGAUUCAUUGCUCACAUCACAAUGUACUUGGUCUUCCUCAUCGCCGCAAUUCUCCGUCCAACAAUCGGUUUCUACUUUGCAUGGACUGAUAGUAUUGAAGUAACUGUACAAGCACUCGAAAUCUUCAUGUACGCCUAUGUGAUGGGAUUAGCUCUGGAGAAGGGAAUUCUAUUCUAUAGAGUCGGACGAGAUGGAUUUUUUGCCUUCUGGUGGAGAUGGUUCGAUGCGGCUUUGAUCUUUAUUUUCUUGUUUUCACUGAUAUUUUUUACUGGAAAAUGGGGAAAACGAGAAGCUUUCGAUCCGAGUUCCGUUGACAGAAUGCACUGGCCAUCUUUCGAAUUCUCACUUCUCCAUGAGAUAUGUCUUGCGAUCGCCUGUGUGCUGAGUAUUUUAAAAUGUUUUUACUAUGCUCAGAUGAUGAAAUCAAUCGGUGGAUCUGUUAUAUCUGUCGGAAAAUGUGUUGGGAAGACGUACACAUACAUACUCAUCAUGGUCGCAAUCAUCGUUUCGUUUUCUGUUGGAUUGAAUAUUAUCGUCGACCCAUACUUGAAUCGAAGUACCAUGAAAAUAGGAGAUCAGGAUUAUACAAAGACCACGGAUUCUUAUGAAACAAUUGGAACAUCCUCUAAAAACCUGUUCUGGUCAAUUUUCGGUUACUUGGGACCCUCAACAUUCACUACAGUUGUUGGAAACACUGGUCCAAACAUGGAUCCUGUGAAACAUACUUUGAACUCGUCAACUUUCGAAAUUCUCGCUGCUGUUUAUCACGGAAUUCUGAUAAUUACAGUACUCAAUUUGAUGACAUCGAUACUUGUGAAAGGAGCUGAUGAGGUGUUGGAUAAUGAGGAAAUGGAGUUCAAAUUCACACGAGCAGCUAUUUAUUCCGAGUUUCUCUCGUGGGAAAUGGCGGCUCCGCCACCGCUUAAUUUGAUUCUUGUAGUUGCUCAUUUUGUGCAUCGGAAUUUGCUCAAGAGAUACUAUGCUUCACCGGCGUGGGGCGAGAAGCCGGCAAAUGAUGAUGUUGAGGAUCAGGCAGCAGAUGAGCAGUACAUGCAACUUCUGAUGGUGGUUUUCGCUCGAUUCGUUGCUUCCAAGGAGUGCAAGUACAAGUCGAUUUGGAGAUCCGAAUUUCAUAGAGAGGAAAAACAACCGCCUCGAGUGACAUUCCUCACAACCGGAGCCCAUUCCUUCCUUAUGGACAACACUUUCGAAGGAUUCAAAAUGAGGUCAUCUCGAACCAUGGAAGCUGAAGGAUACAAGGAAUACACCACUGUCCAGUAUUAUGUGCCUAAGAGUAAGACACCGGGUCCAGCUGCUGCAGCUGAUGCAGGAACUAAAGUGGCUCCGAAGGAUGACAAACCUCAAAACAACCCGGUUCUAGCUAGAACUGGAAUCGAUUCUCCAGUUCCAUCUUCUAAACAGGUUAUGUCUUCGGAAUUAUCUGCUAGCAUUCCGAGAGCUCGCGACGUCACAUUCCUCGGUGUCUGAAGCAAUCGGAGUUUUUGUUUUAAGCGGAAAAUAUUAAUUAUGUAUCCAUUGUGUUUAUUAUGACUUCGAACUGAAAUAAAUCGAGAAAUUGGAA